AUGUCGGUGUCUUCGUACGGUACUCCUCGUGGCAAUGAGCUCCUUCCACUACGAGGAUCCAGCCAGCCAACAAUGCAGGAGAUGUUCGGCUCCCGGGUCCGGGACUCACGUUCCAUUUCUGCAGAUCAAGCUUUAAUUCACAUGAUCAAAGUGAUGAUGGGCACCGGUAUGCUUUCGCUUCCUCUGGCUUUUAAGCAUUCAGGACUCUGGCUUGGCCUGAUUUUGUUGGCUUGCAUUUGCUUGAUCUGCAUUUACUGUACUCGUCAACUAAUCUAUGGACAACACUACAUAACAUAUAUGUAAGCCAAACUUCUGCCUUCAAAAAAAAGUUGUGUUUAGUAAAAGGGAGCAGCGAAUGGACUAUGCAAAUGUGAUGCGAUGUGCUGUAGAAUUAGGCCCCAGUUGGAUAAGAGGUCAUGGAUAUCUUUUCAAGCAAAUAGUCAACGUGAAUAUGUUCGUCGCCCAGUUCGGGUUCUGCUGUGUCUAUUUUGUUUUCAUGGCGGAUAACCUGAAGCAGUUCUUUGACCAAACCUCUUCCAUACACAUUUCUCAAGCAGGAUGGAUUGCCUUGCUUCUUAUUCCGAUAAGUGCUCUCUGCACGAUUCGCGAACUGAAGGCCCUUGCCCCUCUGGCUGCGAUUGCUAACUUCGUGUACCUAAUUGCUGUUUUCAUAGUUCUCGCUGAUUUGUUUUCGGAAUGGAAUCCUUGGCAAUCUCUUCCAGCAUUUGGAUCAGUUGUAAACUUACCAUUAUUCUUCGGUACCGUCAUGUUCGCAUUCGAAGGAGUCGCCGUGGUUCUCCCAAUCGAAAACCAAAUGAAUGAUCCAAUUCAUUUCAUAACUCCUAAUGGGGUCCUCAAUACUUCCUGCAUUUUGGUACUCUUGGUCUACAUGACAGUUGGCUUUUUCGGAUUCUUAAGAUAUGGUGAUGAUAUUAAGGAUACAUUGACUUUGAACCUUCCACAGACGGCGUAAGUGGUUCAAAAGUCCUAGUGUAACGUUCUUUUUUUGUAUAUCAGAUUUUACCAAGCUAUUAAAGUGAUGUUCGUCCUGUGUAUUCUUGUUUCUUAUCCGCUGCAAUUCUAUGUUCCAAUGGAAAGAGUCGAGAAAUGGAUUAAGAGAAAGGUAACGUCAUUUCACGCAAACACAUGGGUCACUUUCCCGGAAGGCAGCUUUAUCGGCAUUCGAAGGUGUCGUGGAAACUGAACAUAUUUUUGGAAAAGUUCAAAAUGGGAAAUUCAUGUUCCCAAAGUCCUAAUUUGGAAAAUUUUCCUUAAAUUUGCUUUUUUAGAAAAGAGUCUACGGGAUGCGUUUUUACGGGAGGAGGAGUCUUUCAAGUCUUCCUAUCAAAACAGGCUACCAAAUUUGACUUAAAAUGACCAUUGGCCGGCAAUAGGGGAUCUUCUCAAAGCGCGCCGCAAAAGCCUCAGAAGACAGAAGUUUUUGUAAAAAUGGUUAAAGGUGUCGUGCACUAAAAAGAUUUUAAAAAGAAGUUCAACGUGGGGGAUUUAUGUUCCCAAAGUCCCAAAUUCAAAAAAAAAUUUCCUGAAUUUUUUAUAAUCCCUCACUUUGAAGCUCAUUUCAAAAACAGGUAAUUUUAUAGUGCACGACAUCUUUAAAUGGGUCGUGAGAGAAAUUUGCAAUCUUCAAAAAAAAUACUGACUGGGUUUAAUCUUUAGUGGCUAACCAAGUCAUAACUUAUUGAUAUUGGCUCAUUAACACUGUUUGAAGGUUGUCGAAGCUAAGCAAGAGCCAAUGAUCUACGCAAUUCGUUUCCUUGGAGUCGUUCUCACAUGUAAAAAAUCGUGAAAACCGUCAAUUUCGGAAAUUUCGAUUGUUUCAGGUGCGAUGGCUCAACUCAUUCCUCAUUUGGCUCUGUUCAUUUCUUUGGUUGGCAGCGUGGCUGGAACAUCUCUAACUCUCGUAUUCCCACCGCUUAUUGAGCUUCUCUGUUGUUACUCCAGGUUUUAUUCAUAUAUACUUGAAGUGAAAAGUGAUGGAGAGUGCUUUCAGACAAGAGCUCACAACAUGGGUCUGGCUCCGAAACAUUGGGCUCAUGUUGUUUGCUUUGGUUGGCUUCACAACUGGAACUUACGCGAGCAUGGUUCAAAUCGUUGAAGCUUUUGGAAAGUCAGAUGUCUAA